AUGGCUUCCAACGGCACUGAUUCGACCGCAGAUAUAUUCCUGAGCCUGAACAAUGUAUUUAUUCUGCCUAUGAGCACUCUACUGGUCAUCUACGCAACCUAUGGCAUUUACAUCGUUAUCUUUGGGUUAUCCAUCCACGUUCUGACCCGGCAGCGGAGUACUCAAGCCGCACGGAAAUUGUACCUGUGGUGCACGAUCCUCCUAUUCUCUUUGGACACUCUCUACGUCGCUGGGUACACCAUGCAGCAGUUCCGUCAGGUCAUGAUCCAAUACGAGGCUGCAAGGACAAGGAAACUUGACCAUCUUAUCGAAGACUUGUUCAAGGACAGGGCUAUAGAUGUUGGAUUUUCGAUGUGGGCUAUCGUUGUGGUGUUGAUGAAUGCGGUCGCUGAUUGCACAUUGGUCCAUCGCUGCUACGUCGUUUGGGAUUCAAGGAAGCUCGUGCUCUAUCCUCUGGCCUUUUUGUCCUUUGCAAUUAACGCCAUCCUACUCGGAAGCGGAAUUCGAGCGCUUGUCGAUUACUUCACAGAAAGCUCCCUACUAACAUUAUCAAAUGAUAUCAACAACGUCGCAUUUGUUACAGCAGCCUGUUUCAACUUCAUCUUAACACUUCUGACUGCUGGCCGUAUCUGGUGGAUUACCCGUGAAGCUCGAAAAGUCAUGGGCAAAGGCAUCGAUACGAGAUACAAGAGGGCUAUGAAGAUUGUCAUCGAAUCUGGUCUAAUAUAUUCGACAAGCCUUCUGAUCGUGUUCAUCUAUCAACUUAUCGUGGGCGGCUUUCCGGUUCCCUUUGAUCCUACUGUCAUUCCCGCACAGCUAUCGGGUCUGGCUCCCACGAUUAUCAUCGUGAGGGCAGGAUACAAUAGAUCCGUCGAGAACGUUGAGGUCAUCUCAACGUUCAACGCCGGUCCUGGAGACUCGGAACAGUCCAUGUCCGACUCCAGGUCUGAAAGGGAAAAGGCGCAGCCACGUUCUUCCGUUGUACGAUCUUGA